GAUUUUACAGGGAGUGUGGUUGCCUGUUCAGCUGCAUUCAUCAUGAUAACUCCAGCAUUUGAACUGAGCCAGGACCCAGAUUUUCUUACUAUAACAAUCAAUGUACCUUAUGCCAAAGUUUCUGAGUUUGAUGUAUAUUUUGAAGGAAAGGAUUUUAAAUUUUAUGCUAAGCCUUACUUUCUCAGGUUAACUCUUCCUGGAAGAAUUGUGGAAGAUGGAAGAGAAAAAGCAUCUUAUAAUGUGGACAAAGGCAUUUUUACAGUUCGACUGCCUAAGGAGACUUCUGGUCAGUAUUUUGAUGGGUUGGACAUGCUGACGGCUCUGUUAGCACAGAAGAAAUCUAGAUCAGUUAAACCAUUAGUGGAAGAGAUAGGUACCUCUGCUGAGCUAGCCGAGGAGGAGGAGGAAGAGGAAGAAUUUGACUGGGAAAUUGAACAGACCCCUUAUCAUGAAACUGCAGAAAGCACUUUACAUUUACAAUGCUGCUAUGGGUUUGGAAAUUUGAAAUCAGGAGUGUUCCAACGAUUGCAGGAUGAACUCAGUGAUGUUAUUGAUGUUAAGGAUCCAGACUUAACUCCUGCAGAUGGACGCAGACAGAAACGACUGGAGACUGAGGCUGCUAAGUUUGAUCCUGAUCAUUAUCUUGCUGACUUUUUUGAAGAUGUAGUCAUUCAGCAUGUUUUGAAGUACAAGCCCUGGUGGGUUGAUGCUUAUGCAAAAAAGAUGGCUUCCCAGGGAAGGAGUCCUCAGGAACAUGUUAGUCAAACAACGUUCGUCUCCUUGUCAGAAGAAGAGAGAGAGCAGCUGAGAAAAUUCACAAAUAAAUCUUACCUGCUAGAUAAAAGAACCCGUCAUCAAGUGUAUUUCAGUUUAAUUGAUAUCCUUCUGGCAUACUGCUAUGAAAUUUGUAUUACUGAAGGAGACAAAAAUGUCGAGUCAUCAUGGAAUAUCAGGAAACUGAGUGCAACUUUGUGCUGGCUCGAGAGUUUCACUAGUAUUCCUGAGGUCCUGGUAUCCUUUGGAAGAAGAGUUUUAUGUUAUCCACUCUACAGACAUUUCAGAUUAGUGACACGAGCCUUCAGUGAUACAGUCAUGAUAUUGCAACUAGGUAAAAGUGCUGUUUUGAAAUGUCUGUUGGACAUUCACAAGAUUUUUCGAGAAAAUGACCCUGCCUACAUCCUUAAUGAUCUCUACAUUACGGACUAUUGUAUUUGGAUUCAAAAAACCAAGUCAAAAAAGUUGGCAGCACUUGCUGAAUCCUUACAGAAAGCCAAACUAACUAAGGCCCAUUUAGGGUUUGAACUAGAAGAGCUGGAAUCAGCUGCACUUCUGGUACAAGAGGAAGAAAGUGAGUUAAAAGCUGUCAGCGCUGUUUCCAAGCAACAGCUGCCUUCCUCUGAAUUGGAGACAAGUGACUCUGAAGAAUCAAGCAGUACUUCAUCAUCUGAGACAGAAAGCUCUGAUUCAGAUGAACAAGAGUCCUCAACCAGUGAAGAUGGGAAAAUAAAUUCUCUACAAGGCACACUCCAAGAGGAGAGGACAGCCCCACUUAUUGACUGCAAUGGAUUAGGGCGAGACACAGACACUUUGACGUUAGAUGUUAGUAAUGAAAAAUCGAAGGCUUCUUUACAAUCUACAUCUGUUCCUGGAAAACUGAUAGAGGAAUUAGGAAAGAAAAUGCAGACUGCAAUUAGGCUUUCAGAACAGCCUGAAGAAUUGGCUACUGCGAGCUACACAGUUUUGCAAGAGAAAGGAGCAAAUUAUGCAGUUGAACCCCAAAGACUUUCUGAGGAUCCACGUAGAAAAGAAAAUUUCUUGGAGGUUUCCCCAAAGAAAAACCUACUGCUGUUUGUUGACAGCACAAAUGAAGAUGAAGACUAA